UCCAACAGUGCACCCUCUAGCCGCCAACUGGAGGAACGCGUUGACCACGUAGUGGCAAUGCUAGGAGACAUAAGUGCCUUUGCAGAGCCGGCCACCAUCAGCCAGCGGUUCGAGUUGCUGGACACCAAGAUCAGUCAGCAACAGCAGACUGACCACAGCCACAACAAUAGCUCGGCGAGGCCAUACAAGAUGCCGAAGUUCCAGAUCGAGAAAUUUGAUGACUACACACAUCAAGACCCGGUCGUCUGGUGGCAAGGAUUUACAACGGAGUUGGGGAUUCACGAGGUCCCUGACCAUCUGUUCAUCAGUGCUCUGUUCAUCAGUGCUUUGUUCAUCAACACCAAGGGAGGAUGUCUGAUCUGGCUCAGCCACAUGGCAACCAUCCAUGACGUCCAGGUUUCAGACCUGUACAAGAAGGUCUCCUGGGAGGAUAUGACAAAGGAAUGGAAGAAGCGGUUCAUCGUCGACGACGCCCCGACACUCGCCAUCAACCGUAUCUUCACGAUGGCUCAAGGGAGCACACUGACACGUGACUGGCUCACGGAUUGGCAAAAGAUCGUGGCCACGCCCGAUUUGGACUUGCCAUUUCCGCAUCUGCGCCGUGAGUUCUACAACAGGUCAUGCGCCGCUUUCAGCCUCGCACUUGGUGAUCGCGAGCAGUACAACACUUUCGCAGAGAUCAUCAACAAGGCGAGGGAGAUCAUCAAGACCAAUAGGGCAGCUGCAUAGGAGAAGUCAACGUGGCAACCAACCUAUGUGGAGAAGGUAAGAACUGGUCCGCGACAGCAGCAGUUCACUGCAAUCCAAUC